AUGGGAAAAAGGGUCAGAAUCGGAGCUCCCUCGGCUGACUUAGUGUCUUCUGCUAGUGGUGGGGAUGGCAGGGUGGCUGAGGGACUAUAUAUACUCCCGCCGGGGCAGUCAACAGAUGCAGUCCAAAGUGAUCAGUGUAUUCCAGACAUGUUUAAGUUUGUGCUUGUUGCUUCUCUCCUGGCUUUGGCCGCUGGUGCACCCCAAGGACCAUCCACCGAGCCGAUACCCAUCAUCAAGUACGUCAACGAGGUCAACUACGAUGGAACCUACAACUGGGAGUACGAGGCUGGAAACGGUAUCUUAGCGCAGGAGAGCGGCAGCGUAGCCGGUCCAGAGUCAGGAACCGCCGCCCAGGGCUCCUUCAGCUACCAAGGACCAGACGGACCCAUCUCCCUCACCUACACAGCUGACCAGAACGGCUUCGUCCCACAGGGCGCUCAUCUCCCAACCUCUCCUCCAAUCCCACCAGCAAUCCAGAGGGCUCUCGACUACUUGGCCACUUUGCCAUCCACACCCGAAACACCACAGAGGAGGUACUAAGUCUGCCGCUGAGACUGACUACGAUCGUCAGAACUACAAAUUGUCUGUCAUAUGCAUUGUAAAUAACUUCAAUAAACGUUAACCAUUUUCUAAUUUUU